AUGGCUGGCGACUGUGGCUGCUCUGGUGCCUCUUCUUGCAACUGCGGCUCUAGCUGCUCUUGCUCUGGCUGCGGCAAAUAA